AUGCCAAAUUUUUUUAAAAUAAAAAAGUCCCAAGAAGAAAACGUAUCUCAACCAAAACUAGUAACAAAAGCUAUAAUUUCAUCAGAUUUCAUAAAAAGGCUACCGAAAUAUGAAGAUAAAAGAACGAUAAUUUAUUACUGGGGAAAAAGAGUGAUAAAUGAAAAUGAUGAUACACCUGAACAUUUACCAACUAUAUACACAGAAUUGUGUAAUGUAAAAAUUAAGGAAAUUAGUUGUAAUAAAUCAUGUGCCUUAUUUUUGAGUAAUACAGGAAAUAUGUAUUCCUUUGGGAAAGGAUUACAUGGAGAAUUAGGACAAGGAAAUUUAAUCGUAUACAGCAUCCAACCAACAUUAAUCGAAUCUGUAAAUCAAAUUAAACAAAUAGCUUGUGGUUAUAAUCAUUCUCUUUGUUUAUCUAGUGAUAAUAUUCUUUAUACAUGGGGACAUGGGAAUUAUAAUGGGUUAAAAUGUAACAUGGAUAAGUACGAACCAACCAUUUUAAAUAUAAUAGAUUAUGGAGAUGUUAUUGAAACUACAUUAAAUGCUUUGUCGCACUUAAUUACUGAUUAUGAAAAAUGUGAAAAGAAAAAAAAAUUAUGUACACAAAUUUAUGCAAAAUACAAUCAAAGCAUAGCUGUGUGUGACAAUAAUAGUUCAAUGUAUAUUUGGGGAGAAACAUAUAAUAAUUAUUUGAAAUAUAUUCCUACCUUCUUUUAUAAAUUUAAAUCAAACAAAAUAAAACAAAUAGCAAUGGGUAAAAAUUUUGGUAUUUUACUUUUAAUAAGUGGAGAAUUAUAUGGAUGGGGAGAUGGAACAUAUGGAGAAUUAUGCAGAAGAUCUUUUGACGAUGAGGGAGGAUGUUAUUUUAUUUACCCUGAGCCAUUAAUAUUAAGGGAUGCUAAUAAUAAAAAAUUACCAUGUAUUAAUAAAGUAAGUGCAGGAGCUAGACAUGUGUUGUUAAUAACAGAAGAUGAACAUGUGUGGUCAUUUGGAGAUAAAAUUUCAGGGCAAUGUGGAAUUUCUGGUUUUCAAAAUAUUGUAACUACACCUAAAUUUGUUGAAUUACAUGAAAAUAAUCAAAAAGCAAAAAAAGUUUUUUGUGGAGAAAGGCAUUCGGCUUGUAUAAAUAAAUUUAAUCAGCUGUACAUGUGGGGACAUUCUGCACACCAUAAAUUAAUUUUUACAGCUAGUUCAGAUUUUUUAUUAAAUCAAAAUGUUCAACCUGGUAUUUCUAUUCAAUCUGGACUCAAGCAAAAGUUUAAUAAAGCCACCUUAAUCUAUUCUAUGCUACAUCAAAAAGUUACCAAUGCAUAUUUGGGAGAUGACUUUACCAUCGUCGUUGUAGGUGGUGAGACAUGUGAAAAUGCAAAACAUGGAGAUCAGUAUUCCGACAAAACAUUUUAUUCUGUUCAAGAGGAAAGUGCUUACAUUUCAACGUAG